UCCGGUGCAUGUCAGUAAUGUGACAUGCUGUAGUUAGUUCUGGUUCAUUUUGUAGUUUUGCUUUUGCGAAUGUCUUGACCUUCUUCUUGGUUCUGUAUGAGGUGUUUAUGUGUGUUCUCUGGCUUGAAGUGAACCCAAAACAAUUAUUGUUCACGAGGCUGGUCGUAUUCGUGGUCGUCUGCUUGAGGGCAGGGGUUCGCUCCGCCUGAUGCGGAGCGGACGCGUGGGCGGUAUCGUGUCCGAGUACGAGCGUUCGCGGAAUUCGUCCGUUUGUGGACUGCUCUGGACAUCAACGUGGCUGAGCUGUGAGAACGGACCAAGCAGUUUUGUGUUCCUUUCGUAACGGAUGUGCGUGCGAGCACGAGACUGAGACCGAGUGAUGUCUGGCAAAACCACAGUUACAGGUGAGCAGCAGUGGGCUGCUGCGUCGGCGGCAUGCUCGUCCACGCUAGCUGCUGACGGCGUGGCCAAAUCUGCCUUCGGUGUUGCUAUUGCCCGUGCCAAACCAUCAUCUUCACCCUCAGCCGUAUCGUCCACGAACUGCGGAGCGUUUGACGGAGCAAAUAUCUGUCCGGAUUCCAGAUCCAUGGAUUCUGGAACUCAAUUUAGUCAAGAUGAAGAGGACACCCUCUCUCUGGGCAAUGACUGUGCAGGGAUGGAAGUUGAAGAGCAAAGCAAGAGCCCGGGUGCUGCAAGUCCUGAUAUAGUUGCAGGCACUCACCAGGCACGUAUUAUCUCCGAAGAUGAGUGGAAAAUCGGCUGGUCAAGAUGGUCAGUUUCUCGGCGACGUGCUCGAUUAGCUCAGUUCAUUGUGGAGCACCUUCACACAGGCAACCAUGCAAAAUGGAUUGACAUCACGAUCGGAAAAUUUGAACUGAACAGUUGGCCGGCGAUAGCAAAGGAAUGGUUUGAUCAGAAGGAGCGAGGGUCUGAAAUCUCUGAUGCCACCAGUAUCCUGAAGAAAGGGCUGCCCAGGGCUUUCCCCGAAAUCCAGGAGAUCAGACUUGAAGCACUGAAAGAAGGCACUCAGUACCUGAAACGAGUGUUCGUUGCGAGUUCCGAAAACCUUGCUGAUGUCAGAAGGUUGGCCGAGAGUCCGAUGGAGGACACCGGCUCUUCAGAUGAGCAGAGUCAAAAGCCCAAGCGAAUGAUGCCAUGUGAUUUCCUGAAGAAGGACACAGAAAAGUCCAAGGGGAGCACUCCCAAAGGUGCUUCGUACAAAAAGAAGAAAACCAAAAUGCCGAAGGGGGAGCAAUCUCUGAGUCCGAUUGUGGCGCCUGCCCAAUCUACGGUUUCAGCAUCACCUGGAACACCAUCGAAUCUUGCUCCAGCAUCUCCAAUGUUGCCGGAUCCUCCUGGUUCAUGCUCCUCUCCUCCAUCAGUGGCUGGAGCUAGUGAGGAGAGCUUCUUUCAGCCAUUCUCCGAGGCGGCAAACAGCCCGCCAAUUGAGACCGGCUAUGGCUCAAGAAGUUCGGACACCCAAAGUAUGGAUGUGCAAAAUCAUGAACAACCACAGCAGAAUAACAGUGAGCAUGUCCUGCUCUUCAAUGAGCUUGUCGAUAAUGAUCGCAUCAAGGACUCUGAUUCCAUUGCUACACUGAAGCUACAUGCGAUGGGUGUGCCUGAGCAGGAAGGUGCGACGGAAGAGUUCAGCGAGGAACUUCUUGCUAUGCUGAAACGAGAAAUGAAUCCCAAUAUCCAUGCGGCUAGUUCUGUGAACGUAGCGAACAUUCCUCUUGUUCGCCCGGAAGCCAUGGAUAUGGAGUUUCCUGACUACGCUGAGUCACCUGCUGUUCCGGGAGAGCAUGCGGCUGACCUUGCUCCUGAUCUAUCAGCAGGCGGUGGUGGCAACGACAAUGCACAGAUACUUCAGCAGCAGCAGCAGCAGCAGCAACAUGUGCAGGCUAGGAUUUCUCAUGAGCAGCAGAUCCAGGCUAUGCAGGUGCGACAGGCUAGGAUUUCUCAAGAACAACAAAUACAGGCUAUGCAGCUUCAGCAGCUCAACGAGCAAACGCGCCGUCAACAGCAGCAGCAGAGUUCACUUUUCCAACAGCAAACCCGUGGACAUGCUGCCAGUGCUGAGAUGCAGGGAGCAUACGCUGCAGCAAUGCAACAGCAAACACUGCAACUACAACAAGCAUCUACAGUCAUGCGGCAGAAUGGACUGAACUUUCCUGAACAGCAGCAGCAGCAGCAGCAGCAGCAGGGAGGUGCUUACCCUGGCCGAUCAAAUCAGCAAGUCCCUGGCCAUGGCAUGUUGCCUACGUUUGAUCAGUCUGCUGGAAUCCAUGCUGAUGGGGGUAACUUCGCAGUUCCACCCACAGCUUCACCAAUGAUGCCGGACAGGGAUGCGCAUGCAACUGCCGCGGCUUCACGUGGAAUGCACAUGGGUUUCACUGCAUCACCUGGCUCCAGCAAUACAGCAGGUAUGGGCGAUACGUAUAGCAAGAUAUGUCCUAACAAGAGCACGAUUAGUGGCGGUGAGCAAUUCCUAAUCAUCAAGUGCGGCACCGAACCCAUCCUGGAUGGCCCGGUUAUUGUUCAAUUCAUCUCGGAGCGGAGUCAGACCUCUGUGUCUGUCCAAAUGCAACGAGACAAUCCGUACACUGUUGUCGGCAUCAUACCUCCACAUUGUCGUGUCGAAACUGUGAUGGUCUACAUUAAGUUCCCGCAGGAAAGCGUCUUCAAACUGUCCUUUGAGUACAUCGGGGAGCCAAGAAUAACUCCCACUUACUUUGAUGGCGAUAUCACGGAAUUGCACAGUUUCCAUGAGUUGUUUGGCACGUUCAUGCAUCAUCAGGCUGCCGGCAUGCACGGUAACACUGGAGCUGGUAUGGGCAAUUCCCAGAUGUUCAACCAGGGCAAUGUGGGUGCACAGUACCAGCGUUAUUGCCAGCUGCUACACAUGGCAGUGCAGCUGGAUGCCCGGCCAUUGGUUCGCCUUCUUCUUCAACUACCUGCUGCGGAGUUUGCUUUGACAGAAGUGUUCUCUGACGGGAAGUGUCUGAAGGACGUUGCAAAGGAGCGUGGAUUCAAACAACUGUCCAACUGCUUGGUUGCCUUGCAAACUCGGUAUGAGCGAGAGCGUUCCGGUCAGGAGGGUUCAAGCACACUGGAUCCUUUUGAUUUGCUGGAGUGUCCAUCAUCUGCUGCUGCUAACUGCGUAGCAUCCAUAUGCACGGCUUUGAACCAGUUACGGAUUAGCAAGCAGGCAUCAUCUACGUCGGACUCUGCGACAGGAAACUUGCCUGUUGUUGCUGAUGCUGCCAGUUUUGGUGGCAAUUCAGCUGAUGAUGAGAACUCCGAGCCUGACCUUCCAGUCCAGGAGUACAAGAUGGGCAAGCGGCGCAGCUCAGCAGAAGUCUCACUUCACGACGAGUCCACAUCACAGCAAUCGGCAGAAUUUUCAAGCACUCAGAGCCGCGAAACGACACCCGCUGCCUCAGAUGCUGACAGGCCAAUUAUCAGCACUCAUCUGAAGCCAUUGAGUUAUCCCAUGGGCAGGAAAGCGCUAUCAGAUGUGCCUAUGCCAGAUAGUUCAUCAGCAUUCUCCAGGCUGCCUGAUGUGUCAGUGGCAGUGCCAUUACUUCAAGGCACCACUGAUUCUACUACGGGCGCUGCUGCAGAGCCAGCAGAGUCAGCCAGUGACAAAGAGUUAGUCAACCAGCUUCAGCAGCAAAACCGCGACCUGCUCGUAGAGAACUCCUCUCUUGGCAGGGAACUGCAUGAGUUGAAUGGUGGCUACCAGGCAGCAAGCAUGCAGACACUGGGUAUGCAGUGUGCUACAUCUCUGCUCAAAGAGCAGUGUGAACAAGUCUCGCAAAGACGCGACGAAGCCAUCAAAGCCAUGGUUGUGGCCAAGAACGAGAGCCGCCGCUGGCGCCGCGAUGCGGAAAAGUACCAGUCGCUUUACGUGGAUGCAAUGCGGCAACGUGAUGAGGCGCUGGCAAUCGUAGAUGCAGGCAAAGCAGAAACCGCUCAUCCUACACAUCAAAAUUCAUUUAGCAGUGAUGCUCAGGAUGGGAACGUCAGCCAUGUUGACUGGGCAAGUGUGGCAAAGAAGCAUGAAGAUGAAAAGCAACGUCUUGAAGGCGAAUGUCAGCAGCUGAAAACCUCACUUCAGGCCUCAGUGGAGAUGCAAGAGGGAAUGAAGAGUCAGCUUGAUUUGUUGGAGAAUACUAUGAAGCAGAGUGAGCUGAAAACACGGGAUCUGCAGAACCUGCAGGACAUGCACUAUUCCAUGGCCGAUGAAUUGCGCAACACGAAAGCCGAGCUCCAUGCAGUUUCGCAGGACCGAGAUGAUCUGACACAGGAACUCAAGAUUGCACAACGAGAGAGCGAGUCAGCUAUCAGACGCGGCAUAUGGCUCCAGCAAAAUAUGACCCUGUUGCCGAAACACAGUCCAGCUCUUCCUGAUGAGGAUGGUGAAACAACACGGACAGAAUUCUCUGCACCAGACAGUGAGGAUGUGCAAGAGAAGGAAGAUGCAGCUGACCAAUUAAAAGAGCUGAAAACUUAUCAUGAAGAGCUAAUCUCUGAGCACCGACAAGUGGAGGAUGAAUACUCCAAGAUGAAGGUGGAGCAUGAUAGCCUACUGGAGCGGCUGCACAAUGUGGACUUUGAUGUGGAAAAGGCCAGGAGUGACCGCGACUGGGCUAUUGACGAGUAUCACAAGGCUCUGGAGGAGCGUGAUUCCCUUCGUCAUGAGUUGGAAGCGCUUCGAUUGGAAAAAGACCAAGCGAUUGAAGAUUCGUUCAAGGCUCGCAAACAAGUUGGUGAACUGCAAGGUAGACAAAGUCAGGAUUCAAAGAUGAGCAGUGACAAGUCUGCCCUGCCAGAGCAUCAAACAAUCAUCAGAAGCGUGGACGGCAGUGCUCCAGCAAGGUCCCACAGUCCCAAGUCCGACAGAGCCGGGGUUCAAGGGCCGAGUCCGUCAAGACGCCCUCAGCGUCGGCCAACUAUGGACAGUCGACGAUCUGCAGAUGAUUCAGCACUAGGCAGUCUGGACACAGCAACAUUGCUCUCUGGCGGUGAAACAUCCCAUGGAGAGGCCCCAACUUCACCUGAGACCAAGCCUGAAGUCUACACGUUCCAGUUUCCUCCAAAGACGAAGGAUUUUGGUCUCAUACUGGAGCAAGCAACGUUUAUCAAUGGCAUUCGUCCUGGCAGCCUUGCUGAAAAGCAAGGCAUAUUCUCGAGAGGGGACAUCAUCAUAUCGGCGAACAAUGCCUCCAUCCUCAAAUCGCUCACUGUGUCUGAGAUGAGGAAGUUACUGCGUGCUCCCAAGCACCAAGGGACUAUUCUGACAUGCCUCUCGACACACAAGCAGCCACCGUCAGACUUCCUGCCCAAGUCUGAAGGCGGGGAGAAGCAAGACUCAUUGGCUCAUUUGCAGCCGUCUCAGAGCAGUGCUACUACUUCAGUGGAGCCAAGCCAAGUCUCUCCAUCACCAUCUCUCUCGGCACGUGUUGUUGGAAAGUUUGGCAAUAUCUCGCCUGUAGUGAACCGCUUCAGACGCAGCACUUCCAUGUCCUCGGCCAACCAAUCCAAUGUGUCCACCACUGACCUACAGACCAUCGGCAAGGAAUAUGUCUUGAGAGAGGGCCUUGAACCAGGAAGGUGCUCACGACGUGAUAGUCUGAGCAGUCAAAGCAGUUGUACAUAUUCCUCAGUCAGUAACUUGACAGGAGUUCUGCCUGAGGAUUGUGUCUCUCAGGUCUCACAGAUGGAUGCCUGUGUCCCUAGACGGGUCACUAUUCGAAUGCAGCCUGGGUUCGGUGUUGGAUUCAAGAUUCAAGGCGGUAAUUGCAGUGGACUGUUUGUGACGGGUGUGCGAGAAGAUGGUCCCGCACAUAGCCUCCUGCAAAGAGGAGAUCAACUGCUAUCGGCGGGAGAACAUGAUCUACGCCACUGCAGUUUGGAGAAGGCUGUCAGUGCUCUGAAGAAGCUAGAGGGUGAUGUGAAGAUCACAGUUCAAUUCAAUCCAGCAAAGUUUCAGUUCAUGCGUGAGCCUGCGUUUGACUCCUUCUAUUUACGAUGCCAGUUUGACUAUGCACGUGAGUCGGAUGCUGAGCUAAGUAUACGCCGUGGCGAUAUCCUCCAUGUUGUCAACUCCGCUACAAGUGACUACAGCUAUUUGGCUUGGAAAGUGAACAGUGAUGGCUCUGAAACACAGUUUGGUGUGGUACCUAACAUGCAAAGAGCUUGUGGACUUCAGAAAGUGUACCUGAGAAAAAUACUGGACAAUGGUAGCAGUCAUGGCUCUAGUGAAGAUGUCCGUUUGGCACCGUACAUUCCAGUGGAGCGAAAGCCAGCCACCUUGCCACGGCCAGUGCUUUUGUGUGGCACCUAUUGUAAAGACAUUGCAGUGUAUCUGCAUGAGAACUAUCCGGAUCGUUUUGGCAGAUGUGUAGCAAUGUCCUCAUUCUCUACUCGCAAGGAGAUGGACCGUGAGCUUGUCAUGAAUGUUUUGAUUGAGUAUCAAGAAGACAAUGGUCACUUUUCAUCUACCAGCGUGGAGGGUGUGCGGGAAGUAGCAAAACAGAACCAACACUGCUUGCUAUCAAUCAAACCAAGCUCUGUCACUCAGCUCUGCCUGGCUGAUCUCCAGCCGAUUGUAGUGCAAACAAAGGUAUUCUCAGCUUCACAAGCUACCGCAGGGGCUCAAGCACUACCUCUCAAUCUCCCGGAGUGUGACAGUGAAACAGAGAAUGAUGUGGAUGUCGAUGCGGUGGUGAGCGGUGAUACCGUCCAGUCAUUGGUUCGCAAGGUACUGGAGGAAGUGAUGCAGAACCAGGACAAACCAAUCUGGUGUGAAGUAAUGUAGAGAAGUGCAGUCCUUCUAUUUGCAGCAAUUGCUCGUAUGUUUUCAUUGCCUACAAUAGUGGAUAAAUUACAACUACUGCUCGGUUCAUUUCGCUUGCCGACUAUGAUUACCAUCUGAAAUAACUGGGCAUUUCUUUUUUUGAGAGGCAGAUUAGUUGCAGUAGAGCAAUACUUGAUUGAGGAAGUAAUCAUGAUGUAAAAUCGCACGCCCUGUACCCCAUAAAGCAUACUUGCAUGACUGUGAGUUCUGUAAUGCUUCACUAGACUUCAGCAACAUUCACUAGCUGUGUAUAAUGCAUUGCUCUGUAUUUUCCUUGAAAGUGAUAGGCUCUGCUAGACGUUUUCUCACAUUUACUCACAAGCUCCUUUUAAUCCAUGAGCAAAAUUGUGCAAUACAUGAUAAUACCGCACCUUGUACAAUGA